AGCGCCUUAGACAGCGGCAACGAGCAUGCGCGGUGACGGGCGAGUAUAAAAGAGCACAAAGCCGCACAGGGGCUCAGGUGAGAGGAGAGAGCGAAACCGAAGACUUGAAUUAACCACAGCAACCCGCUCACAGAAAAACAACACCGGCAACGGAAAGCAAGCGCAAAAGAGCCAGCGCACACAGAGCACGAGCGACGCUUCUGUAUUUACUUAGUUAACUAUUACUAGCAGUGUUGUUAAUUGGAUUAUUGUUUUUAAUUGCACAAUGCAGAAUAGCAAAGUUCACAACGACACAGAAGCAGUCCCGUUUGCUGUGCCUCUGAAUUGCUGCAGCAGCGGGGUAGCGGAGCAGGAGGGGGACGGGGUGGGUUUGGGCUUCAACAGAACCAGAAACCAGACUUUGCUGGACUGGCUGAGGUACCUCACCAUGGACGAGUCGGAGAUCCACGGGGACGGCUCCAAAGCCACCCGCAUCGUCAUCGCCAUGGUGUACUCCGUGGUGUGCGCGCUGGGGCUGGUGGGUAACCUGCUCGUUCUCUACCUGCUUUACUCCCAGCACAAGAAGAAGCGCUCCACCGUCAACUUCUUCGUCAUGUGCCUGGCCGUCACCGACCUCCACUUCGUGCUGACGCUGCCCUUCUGGGCGGUGGACACGGCCAUGGACUUCCGCUGGCCGUUCGGGAAGGGGAUGUGCAAAAUCAUCAGCUCCGUCACCACCAUGAGCAUGUACGCCAGCGUGUUCUUCCUCACCGCCAUGAGCGUGGCACGCUACUGCUCCGUCGCCUCCUCGCUGAAGAUGCGCCCGCACCCUUGCGCCUGCUCCGCCAAGUGGGUCAGCCUGCUCAUCUGGCUGGUGUCCCUGCUGGCCACCCUCCCGCACGCCAUCUACUCCACCACGGCCCUGGUGACGGACGAGGAGCUGUGUCUGGUGCGCUUCCCGGACUCGGGCUGGGACCCUCAGCUCUUGCUGGGGCUCUACCAGACGCAGAAAGUGCUGUUGGGCUUCGUCAUCCCCUUGGUGAUCAUCUCUCUCUGCUACAUCCUCCUGCUCCGCUUCGUGAUCAGCAAGAGGGUGCGGGGGGCAGGCAGCGAGAGCAGCCACCACCAGCGGCGCUCCAAGGUCACCAGAUCCGUCACUGUGGUGGUCCUCUCCUUCUUCCUCUGCUGGCUCCCCAACCAGGCUCUGACGCUGUGGGGGGUGUUCAUCAAGUUCGACCUGGUCCCCUUCAGCAAGGCUUUCUACAACGCGCAGGCGUACGUGUUCCCUCUCACCGUCUGCCUGGCUCACACCAACAGCUGCCUCAACCCCGUGCUGUACUGCCUGAUCCGCCGCGAGUUCAGAGCCCUGCUCAAGGAGCAGCUGCGCAAAGUCACGCCCUCUUUCCGGAGGAUCAGCCCGGUCCUCUCCAACUUCACGCCCAAGAACAAAGCCGCCGAAUCGCCGCUGGUGAUCAUACAGAUGGACAGGGGGGCCUCGGUGCCUCUGUGCUGCGGGUAGAACAGCUCACCCGGGAAAAAAUAAAUAAAUAAAUAAGAAUUUAGGAAUCGUAAUUCUGUGUAAUCUGGAUCAAAGUAAUCCAGCAGAGGCGUUUGCUGACAAAACUGAUCAAAACUUUCCAGAUAAAAGUAAUCUCGAUACAAAAUCCACGAUUACAAAAUCCUAGAUCAAAAAUCACUCAAAAUUACAGGUUUUGAAAAACCGGCCCCUGAGGGUUCGGAGUGACUCUGUACAAAAUUAUUAUUAUUAUUAUUAUUAUUAUUAUUAUUAUUAUUAUUAUUACUGUUAUUGUUAUUGUUGUUAUUAUGAUGUAUAUAUAUUUUUUUAUUAUUAUUAUUAUUAUUAUUAUUAUUAUUAUUAUUAAUAUG